CGCAGGGGCAGAGCCGCCGCCCGGGGACCGCAGCGCCCGCCUGUGCCGCGCCAUGUCGGACUUCGACAGCAACCCUUUCGCCGACCCGGACCUCAACAACCCCUUCAAGGAUCCUUCUGUUACGCAAGUGACAAGAAAUGUUCCUCCAGGGCUUGAUGAGUACAAUCCGUUCUCUGAUUCAAGAACACCUCCUCCAGGAAAUGUGAAAAUGCCUAAUGUGCCCAGUACCCAGCCAGCAAUAAUGAAACCAACAGAAGAACCAUCUUCCUACACACAAAUAGCAAAGGAGCAUGCCUUGGCCCAGGCAGAACUGCUAAAGCGACAAGAAGAGCUGGAAAGAAAAGCAGCUGAACUAGAUCGCAGAGAAAGGGAAAUGCAGAGUCUCAGUCAGCAAGGAGGUAGAAAAAAUAACUGGCCACCUCUUCCUGAGAAUUUUCCUGUAGGUCCUUGUUUUUACCAGGAUUUUUCAGUAGACAUUCCUGUAGAAUUCCAGAAGACAGUAAAGAUUAUGUACUAUUUGUGGAUGUUCCAUACAGUGACACUGUUUCUUAAUAUCUUUGGAUGUUUGGCCUGGUUUUAUGUUGAUGCUACGCGAGGGGUUGAUUUUGGAUUGAGUAUUCUCUGGUUCUUGCUUUUUACUCCUUGUUCUUUUGUCUGCUGGUACAGACCACUUUAUGGAGCUUUCAGGAGUGACAGUUCAUUCAGGUUCUUUGUGUUCUUCUUUGUAUAUAUCUGUCAGUUUGCUGUACAUGUACUUCAAGCUGCAGGAUUUCAAAGAUGGGGAAACUGUGGGUGGAUUUCAUCUCUUACUGGACUCAAUAAGAGUAUUCCUGUUGGCAUUAUGAUGAUAAUCAUAGCUGCACUUUUCACAGCAUCUGCUGUCAUCUCACUAGUUAUGUUUAAAAAGGUGCAUGGGCUGUACCGCACGACUGGCGCGAGCUUUGAGAAAGCACAGCAGGAAUUUGCCACGGGAGUGAUGUCCAACAAAACUGUACAAACUGCUGCGGCCAACGCCGCCUCAACGGCGGCCACCAGUGCAGCUCAGAAUGCCUUCAAGGGUAACCGGAUGUAGAGAAACAGUUGCUGCCGUUCUUUUCAACUGUUCUUUAUUUUCCAGUCACUUACUGUAUUCCCUAAAUGCCUAGAUCAAAAUUCACACAGCAUGUUUGUCUCUUCUGCAGCUGUGCAUGGGUUAAAUGGGAAAUAUUUGGUUUAUUUUAGUUUAAAUUCAUUUAUUUUAAGAAGAAAACCAUUUUUCCCCUUCUUUAACAUGUUGAAUUCUACAAUGUAAAGCUUUCCAUAUUUUAUGGAAGAUAAAUAAUUGCAACAAUUGGCCUGAGAAUGAACCGUGAAAUUUAAUGAUCAAAUCAAUGUAUUAAAAUUGGGAAGGUUUUUUAGCAAUUCACUCCAGUAUUUUUUUUUUUACAUUCAGGAAACACUGGAUUUAUUACUUUUCUUUGCAAGAACUGAUUUCUCUAUUUCUACCGUAAGAAAUGGGGUAGACUGAGAGAUACGGUUAGGUUUGACUACUGCUUUUGCAAUUUCAGCAGCUGCUGGGGUUAAAUACAAGUAAGAGUAUAAAUUCUUUCCUUAUUUGGUUUUGUUGGGUUUUUUUUUAGGUAAGUCUUUUGAUAUAAACCUGUAAGUUUGCAUGAAUACUGUUGAGUUACCUGAUCAUGUUUAGGUAGUGUUUUGUCCAGAAUUUACCUGCACCACUUUACAACAUUUGUUUGUAUCUAUUUCCAUGGAGUAUUUUCUACCUGUGAGAAAUUAGUAUGGGGCAUAAACAUUCUCUGUAAUAGAAUAGUUCAGUUUAAGGAAGUUAACUGGUGAUUUCAAUCACAGAGCUAAGUGAGUAUAUAUUUGCUGUUUUUAACUUCAGUAUUCAGAUAUCCCCUGUCCCUCUUCUAUGUGCAGUGGUAUUUUUAUUUUAUUUGGGAUUUCUUUGGUUAGUUUUUUUGUUUGGGUUUUUUUUCAGGUAUAGAUUUAUGUUUAACUGUGGUACUAAAUCUCUAGCCUGGACAGUCACUCUGUUUACUGCCUGUCCAAAACACUAUAUA